AUGGGAGGCUUGAAGAGGAAGAUACCGACUGAUAAGAAAAUAGAGAGGAAAGAAUCUAAAUCGGUUGCUUUCUCCAAGCGCCGUAAAGGUCUUUUCAGCAAAACCGCCCAGCUUUGUGUUCUCUCCGGUGCUCAAGUUGCUAUCUUAGCAACUCCACCUUGCUCCAAAUCCAACGUGUCAUUCUACUCUUUUGGUCACUCUUCGGUUGAUAACGUCGUCUCUGCUUUCCUCAAGGACCAGUAUCCUCGGGAAGAUCAUCUAGGGUCAGAGUUUUGGUGGGAAGACAAGCGUCUUGCCGAGUCGGAGGAUCCCAAGGAGUUGAGUGAAGCGGUGGACUCUAUUUCGAGGAUGAUGCAGAAUCUCAAAGGGUUACGUUCGAAGGCCUUGGCAAAUCGUGAGGAUGCAAAGAAGAAGAAGAAGGAAGUUGUUUUUGAUCAAAGCCAAACCCUAAAUUUUCAGUCCGCUGGUGCAAGUAGUAGCUACAUUCAUGAGGAUCAACCUGAGAAUCUCCAAGGGCUUGUCAAGAUCUUUAAAGAAGAGGAUCAGAAAGUAGCAGUUUCUGACAAGAACAACAACAACAACAAGGAUGUUAUACAAGGAACUCAUCAGGAGCUUGAUGGAGACCAAGCCCUAGGUUUCGAGUCUUAUUUGGCAAGUCUUUGCAUUCAAGACGUUUCACCAGAGAAUGUGGAGGGGUUUGUCAACAACAGUGAGAUCGCAACGAGUUCUGACAGCAACAACAACAACAACGGUUUACUUGAAAACUUGGAUGGGUUUGAUCAAGCGCUUAAUCUUGAUGAUGACUUCUUUGACUUUGAGAUGAACUCUGACGGUUUUAUAGCUACAAAUUUGGAGAUGAAUGUUGCCUCAACGAAUGGAUAUUCAUGCGCUGGUUCUGGCUCUGAAGAUGGAGCAAUGGUGAUGAUUCCAAGUAAUUCUAGUGAGGAUAAUCAGAUGGUAGCGGUUUCUGACAGCACCAAUGCUUUACCAGGAAACUUAUAUGGGUGCUAUCAAGAGUUUGAUAUUGACCAAAUCUUUGAUUUCGUGGAGAGUACUGAAGAUCUAUCCAUGAACUCUGAGGUGGAUGUUGCCUCCAUGAUCGCCUCACUUAUGGAAAAUUAAACAUUCUCCUAUGUAGUACCAUAAUUUGUCACAUUUGAUAUUCUUACUUUAAAUUUUUUUAAGUAUGCAUAUGUUUUUAAUUUGAUAUGAGUGAAACAAAUAGUAUAAAUUAGACAUAAUUAACCUUACACUAAACAAGUUUCUUGAAUUUUGUUGAACAUGGAACAUGAGAAUCUCCACUUCUCUGAUUUUUUCAAUGGUUUGUUUUCCAAUGAAUUUUGAAAGUCAUUCAAGGUAACACAGUGGUAGAAACAUUGUGUGUCACAUCUCUUGUGCCAAGUUUGGUGAAUGAAUAAGUUGAAGUUGAGCCAAAGAAAAGAUAACACGUUAACGUAUGGAUUGGAUUAUUUCAAGUAGUUUUGGUAGGAUCUGGUUUGACUUCUGUCAAUUUUCCAAUCUUUGGAUGUUGACCGAACUCAAACCGGUUUAAUUUUGGUUUUAUCUUGGUUAAUAAUAAAAACUCAUUUUACUUUUUUUUCUUCUGCCGAGUAUGGAGCAUCUUUUAUCUCACAUGAAACCUACUAAUUUCUUAUUAACCAAAAAUUGAUUUUUGAAUCAAUGAGUAUUACAAGAGAAAGCAUACACAUUGCCAGAUACAAAAUUGAUAAAUAAAUAAAUAUCCUUAUGACUAUGAGAGAUAGAAAACCAAAAUUCAAAAAAAAAAACUCUUAUUAGUUAAUCAAUCAUAUGAGAUCAAUUAUGGUAACAAAUGCAUGAACUUUGUUUACAAAAGAAAAACAAAAAAAAAAACAAAUGCAUGAACUUUGUUUAAU